AUGUCCGUCAACAGAUUCCCCGUUACAGGGGGCGCAGAAGCAUCAACAGCGCUAGCCAAUGCAUUGAAGAUUCUCAAGCCCCAUCUCCCAGCCAGCAUUCCGUUGUAUCGCCGCUUGCAAUUCGGCCGCUUCUUCGACGCCUCGUGUCUCCUCACUAACCUCGAUCUCACCUCUGCAAGCUCGGAGAAGCACGACGGCGCGGAGGCACCAUGGCUCAUGGCAUUUGUGGAUCGAUCCUGUCGUCCGGAAUCGGAAGUCUGGCUCGCUGCGAGCUGGGAAUACGAAGAGCGCGACGAUUCCAACGGGGAACGUAGAAAUGGAGCGAUGACAUUGAUGCGCGAACUGGUCCAGGAAAUGAAGAAUCUACCCGUCCCGAUCUCAAUACACCAGGAUGUACUCGACGCGGCAGCAGCGGCGGCGGCAAAGGCCCGCGCCGCCAACCACAACUCCACCACUUCACAGCAAGACGACCUGGACAGCGUAGGCCUCUCGCGCAAUCACUACGGCGGUCACGCGCAGGACAGCAACAUCAUGCUCUGGGGCGCGGUGCACGAGCGCAGCCUGCCCCUCCUCAAGCAGCUGGGCGUGCUAAGUUCCAAGUUCCAGACCGAUCACCCGAACUUCACCUUCGUCUGGGACGUCGAUGCUCUGAGGGAUCGUACGCUGCCCGAGGGACUACGCUGGGGGAAAUUGAGGAGAGAGGACUUCGCGCUGGUGCGCUCGCGCACGCAGAUUCCGCGGCAGGACCGCACGAUGGCUGUGCUGCCCAAUCUCGCCAUCUUCCCCCGCGACUCUGACCAGCCGAUAUCAUGGGCGUUCGUGGGGUUGGAUGGGAGUUUGACCACGUUGCAUGUUGAGCCGGCGUACAGGGGCAAAGGGCUGGCCAAGACGAUUACGACGAAGCUGUUCAAGGAGAAGAUGGAGAGGUUUCAGGAAGAUGGGUUGCCGCGGUGGGCGCAUGGAUACGUGAUUGUGGGCAAUCAAGAGAGUGAAGGCAUGUGUAGAAGCUUGGGGGGCAAGAGUGGCUGGGAGGUGUACUGGUUGAGGGUUGAUCUGGGGCUGGUAUGA